AUGGCGUGUCGCGGCGGCUGCUGCUCCAGCGCGGGUCGCCUGAACGCGGACAACGCGCGGUUCCUCCUGUUGGCGGUGCUGAUCGUGCUGUACAUGCUGUGCGGCGCCGCCGUCUUCUCGGCCAUCGAACUGCCCACGGAGCGAGAGGCCAAGGAGCGCUGGGAGGAGCGGCUGGAGAACUUCACUCGGCGCCACAACCUCAGCCGCACCGAGCUCCGGCACUUUCUCCGGGAGUACGAGGAGGCUAGCGUGGCCGGCAUCCGCGUCGAUGACAUCCGGCCCCGAUGGGAUUUCACCGGCGCUUUCUACUUCGUGGGCACCGUCGUUUCCACUAUCGGGUUUGGCAUGACCACCCCAGCCACCGUUGGAGGCAAAAUUUUCCUGAUAUUUUAUGGCCUUAUAGGAUGUGCAGGGACCAUUUUGUUCUUUAACCUGUUCCUGGAGCGCUUGAUCACUGUCAUAGCCUACGUUAUGAAGUCCUGCCAUGAGCGACAGCUGAGGAGGAAAGGGGUCCUCCCUCACAAUGGCCGACGGGGCUCAGGGACCUCUGAGGUGGACAGCCUGGCAGGCUGGAAGCCCUCUGUGUACUAUGUCAUGCUGAUUUUAUGUGUAGCAUCACUCAUUAUUUCCUGCUGUGCCUCUGCAAUGUACACACCAAUUGAAGGGUGGAGUUACUUUGACUCACUUUACUUCUGCUUCGUGGCCUUCAGCACCAUCGGUUUUGGUGAUCUGGUCAGUAGCCAGAACAUCAAGUAUGAGAGCCAAGGCCUUUACCGCUUUGGCAAUUUUGUCUUCAUACUUAUGGGAGUGUGCUGCAUCUAUUCCUUAUUUAAUGUGAUCUCUAUUAUCAUCAAACAAUCUAUAAACUGGAUAUUAAAGAAGCUGGACUGUAGGUGCUGCCACAGGUGCCAAAGAAAAUUACUUCGUUCACGGAGGAAUGUAGUAAUGCCAGGAAAUGUGCGCAGCAGGAGAAACAUCUCCAUUGAGACCGACACUGUCAAUGAGAGUGACACAGAUGGACGCCGGCUGUCAGGCGAGAUGAUCUCCAUGAAAGACUUCCUGGCCUCCAAUAAAGUCUCACUGGCCAUCAUGCAGAAACAGCUGUCAGAAACUGCCAAUGGCUAUCCGAGGCAAAUGAGCUCUAACUCAAAGCAAAAUGGAUUCUCUGGUGGAGUUGGAGCCCUAGCAAUUAUGAAUAACAGACUGGUAGAGACAAGUGUGGAUAGGUAA